CUUCCGGGUUUACAAAGCGACUUCCGGUUGUCAAUUUCCCCAGACGCGGUGGAGGAGAAGCUGUGUGGCCCGAAGUCGCCGUGGCCCAGUGGCGGUGGGCUCCGGGUGGGCUCGCCUCAUCCUGCCCCGUCUGCUAUGCAUCCGCGGCGCCCGGACGGAUUCGAUGGCUUGGGCUAUCGCGGCCGAGAUGAGCAGGGUUUCGGUGGCGCUUUCCCUGCAAGGUCCUUCAGCUCGGCGUCGGACCUGGGCCACUGGGUGACCACUCCCCCAGACAUCCCGGGUAGCCGCAACCUACACUGGGGCGAGAAGAGCCCGCCCUACGGUGUGCCCGCCCCCUCCACCCCCGAGGGCCCGGCGGAGGAGCCCUUGCCGGGCGGCAGCGGCGGCAGCGUGCCGGCGCAGAGCAGCGAACAGUUGAGUAGAUUUGCUGGAUUUGGUAUUGGACUUGCAAGUCUCUUCACAGAAAAUGUACUGGCCCAUCCUUGCAUUGUUCUACGCCGCCAAUGUCAGGUUAAUUAUCAUGCUCGGCAUUAUCAUCUCACUCCAUUUACAGUCAUCAAUAUCAUGUACAGUUUUAACAAAACUCAGGGACCAAGGGCCCUUUGGAAAGGAAUGGGAAGUACAUUUAUUGUCCAGGGAGUCACACUUGGAGCAGAGGGACUAAUCAGUGAAUUUACACCUUUACCAAGGGAGGUUUCACAAAAAUGGAAUCCUAAACAAAUAGGAGAACACCUUCUACUGAAAUCCCUAACUUACAUGGUGGCAAUGCCUUUUUAUUCAGCAAGUCUAAUUGAAACAGUACAGAGUGAGAUAAUUCGAGAUAAUACUGGGAUUUUGGAAUGUGUUAAAGAAGGCAUCGGAAGAGUGAUAGGCAUGGGGGUGCCUCAUAGCAAACGACUGCUUCCCCUUCUUUCCCUGAUCUUCCCUACAGUGCUGCAUGGGGUUCUUCAUUACAUCAUCAGCUCAAUCAUCCAGAAGUUCGUCCUGCUGAUCCUAAAGAGGAAGACUUACAAUAGCCACCUAGCUGAGAGCACUAGCCCGGUGCAGAGUAUGUUGGAUGCUUAUUUUCCAGAACUUAUUGCUAACUUUGCUGCCAGUCUUUGCUCUGAUGUUAUACUUUACCCCUUGGAAACAGUUUUGCACCGCCUCCACAUUCAAGGAACACGCACAAUAAUUGACAAUACAGACCUUGGCUAUGAAGUGCUUCCAAUUAAUACCCAGUAUGAGGGAAUGAGAGACUGUAUCAAUACCAUAAAGCAGGAGGAAGGAGUGCUUGGGUUCUAUAAAGGGUUUGGUGCUGUGAUAAUACAGUACACGUUGCAUGCAGCCGUUUUACAGAUUACCAAAAUUAUUUACUCUACACUGCUUCAAAAUAGCGUUUGAGAUGUAGGGUCCUGAUUAGUCUAAAAGACAUAAUCUGGAUCCUUUCUUACGAAAUUAUGAGGGAGAAAAGUCAAUACUGGGGAAAAAAAUGGAUUCGAAUGUGAAACUGCUGGAAAAAGCCCCUGCUUAUUAUGUUGACUCUUCUUUUUUUAUUAAAGGCAUAGGUAUAUAUUUUGGAUCAAAAGUAUUCCAAAUUUGAAAAAUCAAUAAAAACAAAACUCAUAUGAAUUAAAUUCUAGCUAGUGUAGCAUGCAUGCUGAACUAAAAAUGAUAUUGGUCAGAAGCAAAAAUUUGUCAGCAAACAAAACAAUUUCACAUAGCUGAAUUUAUUCCAUGUGACUUUAAUAUUUAUUAUAUGUUUAUUUCACCUUGGUUGAUACUGGUAUGUCAUCCUUAAUAUAGUAUAUAUAGUAUCAAGAGGUCAUAGUUUCCCUUUAAGCAAAUAAAUUAUGUCAUCAAUGGUAAAGAUGAGAAGGAUUAGAUCUGGCAGUCUGUAAGCAGAAGGUGAAGAGUUUUAAAUUGCAUUUUCCCUAUAUAACUUUUUAAUGGCUGCACACUUAUUUCAUAAAGUUAUUUAUGUGUAUACAUAAAACUCGGAAUUUCCUUCAAAUUUUCCAUUCUUAGAUCAGCUUAUUGCAUAAAAUGAAGUCAUGCACUUUCUGCUUGAAUAUCAGAAUCAAACCUUAAAAGCCAAGGUACCCAAAAAAUGUAAGGCAAACAGCAUACUUAUCUAUAUCCAAAGCCAGCAUUUCAAUGUCAGCAACUUAAAAUUCGUCAUAUGUUUAUACAGCUUGUUUUGCUUACCUAGUUAUGUGAGUCAUCAGGCUGUUUUUAGAGCCACUCUUAACAGAGAUAGAAUAUAAAAUAAUCAUGACAACCACUACUGUUUCCAGAUUUACAAAUUGUGUACUAAAAAGAACGUCACUUGUCUUUGACUUGUUUUUGUGGAGACAAAAUUAAAAUUCACCUGGGAAUUUGUGCCUCUUGCCUUCUGUGUAGUCAUCAUUAAAUCAUGGCUUCCGUUUUUAUUUUCUUCCAGUCUUUGUAGUUUCAGUCUCCAAACUAGAUACACGUAAAGGGAAAAGGAGGUUUAUCCUUAUCACCUUUUAUUUAAACUCGUUUGGAUGAAUACUGAAGAAAAAAUACAAACUUUAAAGGAAGUUUGUCCUUGUUUUUUAUGGAUGAGAAAAGAAGUAAGUUUCAACAAAUAAGAAGCAAAAAAAAUUGUUCAUCAGUUUAAUAAAAAAAAUUCUGCCUGCUCCUAACUGGGUGAUGCUCUUUAUACAGUUAAAUAAUGUGCAUUUGACUGAUCCAUCACUAACCAUUUUAAAGUUUCAUUUCCUCAUGAUGGUGACCAGUGUUCUGUGAGCCAUUUAGCACACUGAAGUGCUAUGACUAUGCACUGAUGUUGUUCAAUGUAGAAUUCAUACAAAGAGAUUUGUUUUACUUGUGAAAUGGUUACUUUUUGUGAUUAAUAGUGUUGGAAACAAAAUGUGGUAUCCAAAAAGUAUGAAAUAGUAUUUAAGUAGCAGCUCUCUCUACUAUCUUGUAUUGUGUGUGUGUGUGUGUGUGUGUGUGUGUUUUAAUUAUUAAAACACAUAAGUUUUCUAUCUUUGAAUUCCACAAAGAGGGGAAAAAUAAAAUUAAACACCACUGAUCACAUGUUGUAGUUUAUAGUUACGUUUUUAGAUUAUGGUUUACUUUGUCCAAACUAUGACAUUUACAUUGUUUUUGUUGCUUUUGAACUGCUAAGUAAAUUUUAAGGUGUUUAUAGUAUACCCAAUUUCCUGAAAAUUUUUUAUUUUUACUAUAACCAAAGAAGAUGAUUUCAGACAAGAGUAAAUAUCUGAAAAUUUCAAGUUUCAGAAAAUUUCUAGAACAGAAUCUGAAUGGAAUCAAGUACUUACUAGUGAAAAUCUCUGGGGUCCUUUAGCUAAAAAUGAGGUAUUUCAAGAUUAUUUGAUGGAAGUUAGCAUGAAGAUUCAGUUACAUAAAUCUGUUUCAUUAUGGAAUCAUUACAAGACUGAUACCCUGAACUACACACAACUAAAUUGGUCUUAUUUCUGUCUCUUUGAAGAAAGAAUACAAAUUAACAUUAAAAUUGAAAUGGGGCAAGUAAAAUACUAUUUUUGUUUACUGCCAUUCCGAAUUAGUUGAAAUAUAAAAACUUUAAAUUCCAGCACUUACUUAAGUGCUGGCCAAAUAUGUUUAACUGAUGUUAGAAAGACAUAGCGAAAUAAACAUUAGACAUGCUCUUUUCCUUUUUAAUUGCUCUAUUUCUUUAGCAUAUAGGUGCCAAAAGCAAAUAUCCAUAGGCUACAUUUCUUAAGGUAAUAAUAGCUCAGAAUAAUACUUUUAAUUCAAUAAGAUUAAUAGUAUCAUGAAUAAGAUUCUAUUAAAACGUUCCAUAGGUCCAGUGGUCCUCUUACAUAAACCAGAUUUGGGCGAGAGAGCUGAAAUGGGAUAUGCUUGCCUUACAUUGUGUGGUUUCUUAACUUGGGUCAAAUACUCUGGAAGUGACUGAAUUAAAAACAAACACCUAGUAAAUGUUAAUUUAUUAUUUUAAGUGAAUUUAUGAAUUGAUUUGCUAAAUUUGUUUAUAAAUCUCUUUCCCUUGAGACACUUUUUCUGGGCCCAUGAAAAAUAAUCCCUAAGUUUAUAUAAUUUAGUCCUCCAAAUUCCCAGCACUAGAUGUUAUAAAUAUGAAAUACUGUGUUUCUCCGAAAAUAAGACUGCGUCUUAUAUUAAUUUUUGCUCCAAAGGACACAUUGGGGCUUAUGUUCGGGGAAUGUCAUCCUGAAAAAUUAUGUUAGGGCUUAUUUUCCAGUUAGGUCUUAUUUUCGGGGAAACACGGUAGUGAAAACACACUCAUUUCAAAAUGGCUCUGGAUUGGGGGAUUUGAUAACUUAGCCAGUGUUUUCAGAAACAAAAGUGGAGAGGUAAGAAGUCUUGCUCACUUUUGCUGGUGUGCCUUACCACUCAAGCUGUCUUUGUAGCACUGACUUUGUUGUAACUGCACAAAACAUUCACUUUACUGGUGGGGCUCAAAUGCUUCCAUAUUUCUAUCUGUGUAUUCAUACAUCUGCCCAGAAAACAAAAUACACUGCCUGAUCAUUUGUUUUUUAACUGAGAUUUUGGAGACUGUUUACUCUCAGUU